GCAGUCUCCCGAAAUUUUCCGAUUUCGAUGAUGGGCAUGAUGAUUCACUUCGGGUAAGGCAUUGACACACCAUGAAGGGCCGCCGACACCCAUCAGUGGUCAGUCGUCAUGGAUUUUGUCCCCUUCUCUGCGGGCAGGUCUCUUGGAGGCGGCACCUGGAGGAUUGACCGCUUUCUGCCGGCGCGGCACCCGGCCAUUGCCAGUGGAGGCGACCUGCGGAAGCUCAAGAGCAACAGGGACCUCGGAGUCACCGCCAAGACAUCCCGCAGCGCCAAAUCGACUGGCGCAUCAUCGCAGCGUGUGAGCGUCGCGGCGGCCGAUGAGCCGCCCACGUACGAGGUGGAUCCCACGCAGCCCAUCACAGCCAUUGCGCUCGCACCAGGUAACGGAGGGAGCAUCCACGCCACAGUGUUGUUUGAUUCUAUGGAUCAAGGAAUGAUGCAGACCGGCGUGAGCUGGCAGUGGCGUAUGGCGCCCUUGAUGGGGGGACUGGGGUGGAGAGCCACGCAGGAGCGGAGCCGUCGGCGAGCCAUCAGCACCACAUCGCUCUCUGGGACAUCCGAGACCCGCCGACCAUCCCCAUACGGCUACACGGCCAUCACGGCACCAUCUGGGCUCUAUCGUACUCAUCCGACGGCUUGAAGCUGGCUUCGGCAAGCGCUGACUUCACCGUCAUGCUGUGGGACCUCGCCACGGCCAAGGAAGAGCGGAAGACGGAGGGAAAACGGAUAAGAAGCCUGCUGGAAGAGCAGGGCCUCUGGGGAAAGGCCACUGCCGAGCCAACGCAAAAAGACGACAGGGGAAAGGCAAAAAAGAGGAGAAAAGACAGAGGAGGGAGGAAACAGCAGACGGAGGGCGACCAUCACCAGCAGCAGGAGGGAGAGCAGGAGGACCGUGAGGACGAGGGUGGCGGGGCCGAGGGUGGAGGUGCGUGUGAGGGUGAGCCCCUCCCUGCCUCUCAGUCGACGUCGGCCAGCCGCGGCUGCGAGAGGAUGGCCGUGCUGCGCUUGCACACCAAUUGGGUGCUGGAUGUGGCCUUCGACCCCACAGGCAAAUGGGUGGGUCAGACGGUGUCCAUUCUCUUUCUGCUGUCAUCUCUCAUUGUGUGUUUUCUGCCCGUAUGCAGUUGGUGUCAUGUGGAAGUGACGGCCGUCUGGUAGCGUGGGACACUGAGCUCAGGGCGGCCAUGAAGCUGUGGGCCGCCCAUCGCAGGACCGUCUAUAAGGUCAACUUUUCGACUGACGGCAGACGGCUGGCAUCUUGCGGCUCAGAUGGGUCGGUCAACAUGAGAACGGCACAGCGUCAUGCGUCGCAGUUCAUUAUGCCGUCCAUCUGUGCUCUGUUGAUCAGGUCCUUGUGUGUGUGGAAUGUGGAUGCCGAUUUCCAGGGGAUUUGCACCCUCAGAGGUGAGACCCACACACAUAUGUAGGGUCUGUGUGUCCACGGUGUGUCUGUCGGCAUGCGUCAGGCCACAUCGGUGCUGUGCAUGCUGUCCGCUUCCACCCGUCGGAUCGCACACUCGUCGCAACGGGCGGAGAGGUGGGGGAAACACACACACACACAUACACACAUACGCAGAGAGACAGAGAGACAGAGAGGGAGAGACAUGGGCAUCGUGGCUCGUUUUUGUCAAGGACGGCACGGUGCGAUUGUGGGACUUGAAUGACUUCGUCCGCGACUACCUGAAGCUGGUGAAGCUGGGCCUCACUGACGACCCAGAGGCGCUCAACGAGCUGACCUGCUCGCCACACCACAUACUCAAGGCAACCAAUACACAUACACACCCACCGUGUAAUGGGUGAAGAAGAUGUGUCCGUGUGUGUGUGUGUGUGUGUUUGUGUGUUCAGGGUCACGAGGUGGGCGUGUGGUAUUUGGAAUACUCACCUGACGGCAGACUCGUCGCGUCGGGCGACAACGAAGGUCUGCAAUCCGACAAAACAAGCAAGGGCGCUCAGGGUCAUUGUGUCUGUGUGUGUGGCAGGGACGGUGUACGUGUGGAACGUCUCGUAUCAGCAGCCGACCCUCAACCACUCAUUCAAGGUAGAUGCGCGCGUCGACGAAGCGUCAUCUGGCCAUACCUUUCCUGACAAUGUCUUUGUCUUUCUGUGUGUGCAGCGGCUGCACUACGGUGCCAUUCGGGGCCUGGUGUGGCAGCCCAACAUGACCAUGCUCCUCACCGCAGCCAAAGACGGAAAAGUAAGGAACACACAGAUGGACAGGCCUCUUCGUCUCUCAUUGACCUUUCACACAUACGGACGCAGCUGGGGUUUCUGUCGGUCCCUCCCAAGUGCCGGCAGGACCCCGACAAGAAGAAAAAGAAGACAAGAACCGGGGCGGCCGCUCUCCUAUUCGGCGGCAACAGCGCGGCGCUGCGAUCCUGGAUACUCUCACUGCUCGACCCCACUUCACGCGCACGCACCAUGAAGAGAUAUCUCGACUCCAUCGAGGACGAGACAAAGAGGAAAAAGGCCGCCGGUGAGUGGGGGCAUCGACACAGGCGACACUCUUACGUCGCUGUGUCGUUCAUAUGUGUGUGUGCAGCGAAUGUGAUAGCGUCCCGCUGGCACGAGAAGCGUGGGAGCAUGGAAGAGCCGACACCGGCCAGAGAGAAGGACCCCGCCGGAAGGGAAGAGGACAGACCAAAGCCUUCGGCUCCCUCCUCGCCGACAGGUGAUGCCCCAGUAGCCAAGGCGGCUCCCAGCAGCAAGAAGAGCAGCAUCGGUGGGGGCCUCUUCCGCAAAAGGACUCACGUCGACCAGAUGGACAAAAGCCCCGAUGACUCAAUCAAGAUCAGACCCAAACACGGGUGGGUUGCAAGCAGGUGUCAGUGGAUUUCUGUGUGUGAGACGCUCUUUGGCUUCUGCAGGUCUGUAAGGUACCGAUCGGGCAAGUCUGGCAUGAUGUCGUCACUCAAAGAUGGCCCCACACAGCCACCGGCAGAUGACGCACGGAACGACAGGCCCACAACAACGGCAUCUCGAUUCGCUGACAGUGCUCCCCCCCGCGCGCCGCCCCUCCCCGCCAGCCCCCUGUCGUACCGACCGCCUUCGCCAGCACUCCCCAGCGACCCAUCUGCACCCAUUCCCCCACCCCCUCCACGCCCACCCCUCCCAGCAGCCUUGCCAGGUCCGGUUCUCCCUGGCGCAAGGCCCGCCGUAUCAAGGGAAGAACCUCAGAGCUCUUCACCGACGGCGAGAGCGAAGAAUCGGCCCCCACUGCCACUGCAGGCCCCCUUGCCGCCUCCCUUGCCGCCCCCUCCCCCAGCUGCCCCAGCAGCUGCUUCUCUGAUGGCUGCUGCGGGCCCCCCACUCCCAGGCGCGAUUCUGCCGCCACCACAGCCACCAGCGCCUUCUCUGACAGAGGAGACACACGAUGACAACAUUCUUGAGGCGGGCAAGGCGGCUGUGGUCCGAUCAGGCAGCAGCAACAACGUGCAGACCAAAUGGUUCGGUGGAUCAGGCAGUGAUGAGCUGCUGGCUGGGGCAGAGAGUGGGGUAAUGGGUCCAGGCUCAGAGGGGCAGCAGCUCGACUCUGCUGUGCCGCCCGCCAGUGUGUUUGUGUCGCCGAGUGUGAUUAGCAAGAAGGGUAGCCGAGAGAGUGAGGAGCCGACAGAGAGGAAGGAGUGGACCGUCGGCACAGACAGAGUGAAUGAGUGACUGUAGCAAUGAUACUGUGAGUGCAGUGGGUGUCUUCGUGUGUCUGCCUAUUGGGAC